GCUUCUGGCUGCCAUGGUUGAAACAAACAAAAGCUCUGAGCAGCAGUCUGUACAAGAGUGCAUCACCUUAUGGCUCUCUUAAUAACAUUGUGGAUGGGUUAAGCUCCCUCACCGAGCAUUUCUCUGACCUAUCCCUUUCUUCAGAAGCCAGAAAACCCAGCAAGAGGCCACCUCCUAACUACCUGUGCCACCUCUGUUUUAACAAGGGACACUACAUCAAAGACUGCCCACAGGCUCGUCCAAAAGGAGAAGGCCUGACUCCAUACCAGGGCAAGAAACGCUGCUUCGGUGAAUAUAAGUGCCCCAAAUGCAAGAGAAAAUGGAUGAGUGGGAACUCCUGGGCUAACAUGGGACAAGAAUGUAUCAAGUGCCACAUUAAUGUUUAUCCUCACAAACAGAGACCCCUGGAAAAGCCGGAUGGCCUGGAUGUUUCAGAUCAGAGCAAAGAACAUCCCCAGCAUCUGUGUGAGAAGUGCAAAGUUUUGGGCUACUACUGCCGCCGUGUGCAAUAAACCUUCAAAGUGGCCUCUUCCUGUCCCCAUCAUCCUUAAAGAUCCUCUGGCAGCAUGCGAUCAACAGCAACACAACAAAUCAAGAUAAAAGCUAAAAUAAUUGCCAAUAUCGCCUAUCUAAUAAUAUGCCUUAUACCAUUAAUAGAAUGUAACAUUUCUCCUGUGCAUGUGCACACAUGCAACAGGUAUUUACAGGACUAUGAUUUGUAUACAUACAUAUAUAUGUAAAUUUUUAUAUAUAUAUGUACACACACAUAUAUAAAGCGUUACUGAUAGUGUUCACAACAGAACCGCGGUUGCAGGUUCUGCUGAUUGUUUACACAGACCCUAUAUCACAGCCAGGUGAAAUGAAGUACUAUUCAAUAGGCAAGGUAUAAUAUUCACAAGGAAUAUAUGUUGUAUGUAUGGCUUUUGCAGAGGUUAAAUAACUGUGGGGCCACUAAUUGCAAGCACUUGCCCACAACAUGAACGUUAUUCCUAUUAUAUGACAAGACAAAGGAAGAUGAGACAAGCCACAGCAUAAAAGAAAGAAAAUUAUUGUUUUCC